GUUUCCAGUAUUGGGAAAUUUCCUGACUUAUUUUGAAAAUAAAAAUAUUUUCAGAAAUAUGAUGAAAAAUGUUAUCCCAAUCACAGUUAUAAAAUCUUGAGGAUAUGUAUUUAUAAUAAAAAAUAAAAAAAAAAUGAAAAUGACUUUGUUUGUUUAAUUUUUUUCUGAUACAAGUCCUAAUGACACGGAAUUUUAGCUGUGAUAACGUUACAUGGAUUGUCCUUGCUGUUUUAGACGGCAUUUUUAACACAAUAACAUGGUUAAUUCCAUUCUUAACAUAUUAUGUGGUAAUGCAAGGGAGUAAAGUAAAAGCUGAUAUAAAAUUCAGCCAAAAAAAAAACCGGACAAACAUUGAAAAAAAUAUAUUUUAAGUCUGCAUUACGUUCGUAACUUGUGGUGUCCGAUGGUGACAAGUAAAGUAAAAUGCCUUGUAUAUUGCAAACACUUUAUCUUUUAUAAAAUAUAAUUUGAGUUAUAGAAUUGCCUUGUUGUGAUGAGCAAUAUUGCAGGUUGUCAAUUGAUAGUAUACAUAUCAAUCCCUUACUGCAAACAAGUUUUAUUCUUCUGAAACUUGCCGUGUCCGAUUCGUUACGAACAUAAAAUAAGUCUCAAACCAAAAACGAAACAUCUUGGGGACCUUGACGUAGGUUCGUUUCGUUUCUCAACCACAAAGCAUUCUGUAUUAUAUAUUGACUGUCGGUUAGAUUGGAGCACUCUGGGAUAGCGAUGGACGGCAGCGAAGUGUCUGCGUCACGGCGCAAUGGUUACGAACAUAAACAAUUGCGUAUCGGCCAGAGAAAAGAGAGUGAUGAUCCUAGCAUGAAAAAGGCAUUAAAUGCACUGGCCCAAAAAGAAUGGCGACUUAGAUUGAAAUCUGACCCAGAUAGGUAUGCCAAGUUUCGUGAGGCUGAUAAUGUUAGAGUAAAGGGAAUAAGAGACACACUUAGCGAUGAACAGAGAGAGAGAUAUAAUGAAAAAGCAAGAGAAAGAAUGGCGAGAUACAGACAAAGACAGAGAGAAAAUGGGAUCAAGGAAAACAAGAAAAAAGUUACCAGAGCCACAUCAGAAAAGAAAAGAAAGGAAUGGAGGGACGAAAAAAGAGUACAGAGAGAAAAUAUGUCAUCGCAAAAAAGAAGAAGAAUUAAUGAAAAGAGAAGAGAGGUAUAUGCGCAAAAGAAAGAGAGCAGGCAGGAAAAAGCAGACAGUAAGUUGAAGAAUGCUACAAUUACAAAAAGUAAAUUCCCUACAGAUAAUGCUCGCCGACAAGCAGUUCAUAGAACAAUAAAGAUUCUGCCAAAAGAUCCCAACAAAUUCGCUGAAGUUCUAUCAAAUGUCAUUGCGAAAACUACACCAACUAAAAAAGCUGCCCUGAGUAAUAAAUGCAUCAUUUCACCUCAGUCUAAAAAGCGGCUGAACUUUUAUGAUUCUAAUACCAGCUCCACAAAGGAAAAACUGAAAGAAAUUAAAAAGAAAAGGAACUCAAAAGAUAACCGUUUGAGAUAUCUGAUUCAUCAGGCUGCCAUGAUAAAGACAAAGGAAAUUAAAGCAAGCAAGGCAAGACAGUUUGGCUUAAGCAGGAAGAUCUUAACAAAAGUUGCUAAAGUUGAUGACAUUAUGGACAUUCAAAGGAAGAAGAGAAAAGAUGCCUUAUCAGAAAAAGAGUUGGAUACACUGACAAAUUUCUUCCAUCAAACUGAUGUCUCCAGGGAAAUGCCUAAUCCACGCCAGGUUAAUAAAGCCAUGGAGCCCAGGAAGACUCUGGAUGGAUCACUGGUCAACUCGUAUGAAAAAUUUCAAAGGCAGAAUCCGGAGGCAAAGGUUUCUUACAGUAAAUUUGUGAAAUGCAGACCAAAAAAUGUGAAACCAGUAGCACACACCAAAUACAAUCAAUGCUUGUGUGAAUACUGCACCAAUGUUGAAUUAAAAGUGAACAGUUUGGUAAGAUUUUGUUCUUCACAACACAUUGAACCUUUUUGCAAGGAUAAAUAUGAAGUCUCAAGACUAACACUGUGUCAGAAAGAAAAUGGUUUCUAUAAAAAACAAUGUAUAGAUAGAAAAUGCAUGGAAUGUGGAGUUGGAGCAAUUGAAAAGUUGGAUACAGCAGUGGAACUGAUUAGGCAACAUGGAUUAUCGGACAUAACAUGGCAGUCCUGGACUCAAGAGGUUGUCACAAAAAGAGUGAAAGGCAAAGAGGUAACAAAACGACAAAUGACACAGAGGAAACAUACCACAACAGUGCAAAACUUGAUAGAAGAACUAGCCAAUUCCUUGAAAGACUUUUCCAAACACUUGUUCAAUGCACAAUGGCAGGCAGAGCAAUUUGAAAAGUUGAAAGCCAAUAUUCCUGAUAAAUGGGUUUUAUUCUGUUCAGAUUUUGGGGAAAACUACAUCUGUAGACAACAAGAUGAAGCACAAAGUGCACAUUGGAGUUAUGACCAGGUAACACUUCACCCCGUAGUAGCAUACUACCGCUGCCUAGAGUGUGGAGCUCCCAUGCAUGAAAUUUUCUCCAUCAUCUCAGAUGACCAUAAACAUGACCAUCAUGCUGUUCAUCAUUAUACUACGUUGGUCAGCGAACAACUUAUGAGCCGUGGGUUAUCCAUUGAUGUUCAAAUUCAAUUCUCCGAUGGGGCACCAACCCAAUACAAAAGCAAAGUUAACUUUGCAGACAUGAGCUUGUGUCAGACAGAUCUCGGAUUCCAUGUUGAAAAACAUUUUUUCGGAUCUAGACAUGGAAAAGGGCCAUGUGAUGGGGAAGUUGGUGUGUUGAAAAGGUGCAUCAUUACUGGCGUUAAAUCUAGACAAGGACUCAUCCGCAAUGCCUCAGAGUUUUUCCAGUUUGCAAAAAACAAGCUUUCCAUUCCAAAGGCAGGAGAUGAUCAGCAUGUUCAUAAAAAGAGAACAUUUAUGUUUGUCGAGGAUGGGGAUGUAAAGAGAUCUGAACGAAAUGCCAGGCUUGCAAACAUCAAGGCUGUUAAGGACACUAGAACAACGCACUGCUUCAGGCCUAUAGGUCCUUACAUAGUAACAUCAAGAGAAAGGAGCUGUUUCUGUGAAGUGUGCAUUGACAUGGAAAGAAGGGAGAAAUGUUUAAAUGAAAAACUAACAGGAAAUGGGGCUACACAAACACUUCGUAUCAACAGGAGGAUGCCACAAGAACAAGAUGAUGAUAUCCAUGCAGUCCCUGCUGAUGGUGAUGCCCAAGUACUCCCUGAAGGUCAUGGCCAAGCCCCCCCUGAAGAUGAUAACCAAUUCCCCCCUGAUGAUGACAUCCAACUUCCCAAUGAUGAUGAUGGUGCACAGACUCCCCCUACUGGUGAUGUUGAUGUACAAUUGCAACUUUACCCUGAAGAUAACCCUUUGGACAUAGUUAGUAACAGCUUCUCUGAUGAAGAGGGGUUGAUGGAUACAUCAGGAUUAAGUGGAAUAUUAGAAAAUAUUCUUGGGGAUGAUGAGAUGCAAUUAUCUCCAAUAAUAUCACUUAUUACUGAGAUGGGAGAUCUAGAACAGGCCAGCGGAAACACAGUUCCAGUGAAACAAAGGUGGACAAGUGGCCUUCAAUUCAAUAUUUCACCAACAAGGGGAAAGGGAAGUGGUGUGCAAACAACAUCAACCACACAGUUGUUUUUGAUGAUGUCGUUGGUGUCCUCGGUGCCCCAGACCUCUGUAUGGUUGGAUCAAGAAUCCUCUAUGUGUUUAAUGAUCCUGAUCUGUGAAAAGAUGGUCAAUUAAAAGUCUGUAUAUUACAAAUACAGAUUCACGUACAGAUCCAGAAAUAAAAGUCUAUUUCCCAG